AUGGCUUCCCCUAGCGUUCUCACUUUUGACGACGGCCUCUCCCUGUUUGACCUCACUUCUGGUGCCUCCCCUGCCCCUACUGCUGAUGCUGACGCCACUGUUUGCUCACAGUGGGCCACACGUGAUGCUGCUGCUCGCCUUGCUGUUGGCCGCCACUUACCGACCACUGAGCGUGCACACUUUAGCCAGUACAAGAGUGCUCAGACCUUGUACGACGCUGUAGUUGCACGCUACUCUUCCCUUGCCACUACUGCACUGAGCCGCCUCAUGCUUCCCUUCCUCUUCCCUGACCUUGCUGCCUUUCCCACUGUUGCUGACCUCAUAACGCACCUCCGCACUCUUGACACUCGCUACCGCGCUGCGCUACCUGCUGAGUUCUGCGCCAAGAACCCCCCCCCCAUGUACAUCACCCUCUACUACAUAGUCACCCGGCUCCCUGACUCUCUUCGCGUAGUCAGGGACCACUUCCUCUCUGUUUGCCCCACCACUCUCAGCGUUGACCUCCUCGAGAAGGCCCUCCUAGCGAUAGAGAAGAGCAUAGUCACUGUAGGAGCCUCUCGUGGUGAUCCUCGCACCCCCGUCUUUGAGGGGUGUUCUCCCUCCCCCCUCUUGCCCUCUGUUGCCUCUGCUGCUACGGCCGAACUCGUUGGUUUCGAGCCGGUCGGCGCUGUGUCUGCCCCAAGCGGGAGACGCCGCACAGGCAAGGCUAGGGGGGCAAGGGCGCUGGAGGGGGUGGAGGGGGCGGUGGAGGUGGUGGUGGAGGCAGUGGAGGGAUUGGGGGUGGUGGUGGGAGUGGUGCCAGGGGAGGUGGCGGCGGCGGCAGCGGUGGAGGUGGCGGGGGCGGUGGAGGUGGCGGAGGGAGCGAAGGCGGCGGAGGUAGUGCACGCGACGGAGGUGGAGGAGAUAGCAGAGGCGGCGAAGGCGGCGGCGGAGGCGGAGGCGGCGGUGGUGGAGCGAGUCGCGACUCUGCGCCGAGGAGUGGCUCCGGUGGUGGUCAGCGCGAGCAGCAGCAGCGGAGUGGUGGCUCCUAUCUUUGAUCUUGACUUUGAUGUUAUUCUUGCUGCUAUGUAUGUUGUUGCUGAUAGUGUUGAGGGUGCCUGUUACCUGUGUGUACCGCAUGACCCGGGCGUUGAGGCUGCUGCGCUAGGUGCUGGUGAGGCUACUGCUCUAGGUGCUAGUGAGUCUGCCGCCCCAGGUGCUGGUGAGUCUGCUGUCUCAGGUACUACUUCGGCUCAGGCCUUCCACACCUUCACCCUGGACUCGGGUGCGUCCCGCUCCUUCUUCUGA